CCCUCUCUUCCAAACAUACAUUACCUACUCUCUACCUUCUUCGGUGGGCAAACAGAAUAUUCUGGGGCAAGAGAUGGGUGAUAUCCAAAGUGUUGUUGUCUCGAUCUCAGCUGUCUCUGAGAUUCUGGAAUGCAAGCGUACUUUUUCAAGUCUCUCGACUAGCAAUACCACAUCAUCUCUCGCCACCACCAAGACACGUCGACCUCCACGUGUAACAAGCACUGAGAAGGUCCGCGAGCUAGUGCGACUGGCAAUAACAAGACUCCGAGUUCUUAUGAGCGAGAGGAAGGGUACGCGCAGGCCGAUCUCAGAGAAGGGCCUGUUCUCCUACAACUAUGUCGAGCCCUUUUUCAACUGGUGGGGCGCAAACUACCGUGUUCUCACCACACAAUGUCUCGGCCGAGUUGAAGCCUCCGAUGCUCUGGAUUCAGUGACGAAGCUUCAACUGUGCUUGGAAGCACUGCCGGUGUCUGACACCCAGGCUGUUCCCCUUCUCCGAGACGAAACACAUCAUGCAAUCGCAGACUUCUUUGGAGCGGAAUUUUGCUUCACCACCAGCACUGGGUAUGGGUCUAACUACAUCGCGCUGCCAGCGUUGAUAGAUUGCUGUACUGUGGUCAUCAUGGAUGAGAACUGCCACAACUCGAUGUUCACUGGCGUGUUUCUAGCUUCCUCGCCAAACCUGCGAAAGUUCAAACAUAACAACAUGGAGCAUCUCGAGACUUUACUCAGCGGGUGUAUCGAUGAGUCUAUCAACGUCAUCGUGGCCAUCGAAGUAUGGAAGCCGAUGUGCCCCCCCCUAGAUCUCAUUCAUCGGCUGAAGAAGGACUACAACUUCACUCUUUAUUGCAACGAGGCGCACUCUUUCCUCUCUCUUGGAAAGACGGGCCGCGGAUGUCUCGAAUACUGGAACGACCACCACCCAGAGAGCCCGUUGCCCUGGGACCUAAUCGACAUUCGCACCGGUACACUCUCCAAAGCUGUCGGUGGUAUUGGAGGUAUUAUCGUCGGCAAGUCCGUUUUCAAGGACAUCAUCAGAGAGCGCAUCGAUGGCCUUGACGAACAGGACAAUGUCUCCUUGCCUAGCUCGACCAUGGCUCAGACGUUAUGGGUACUCGGUCAACCACAUCGAAUCAGCCGCAACCUCCAACGACUUGCCGAAAUUGCGCGCUUCUGUCGCGAAGAGUUGGAACACUUUGGCAUAUUCGUUUAUGGUGACGUCGGUACGCCAGUUCUACCGGUCUACACCGGCAGACCCAGCGUUUCUGCGAAGCUGUCUUACGCCCUGAGGUGCGACGGACUACUUGCGACACCAGUUUGCACUCCAGCAGUGCCAUUUUGGGAGAGCAGAGUUCGUAUCAACCUUUCGGCGGACUUUACAGACGAGGAGGUGAACAAACUUGUUCAUGCUGUUGUUAUCUGCGCUGCAGGAAGCGUGGGUAUGGGGAGGAUGAGAAAGAUUUCUCGUUCCUUUUUCAAGACCGACACAGAAGUUCUCGCUGCGGAUGAGGGCUGCAACGAGGCUUCGAAGGUCUUUGACUGGGUACGCAGCUUGGUCAAGAUGGAUGCUGCCAUGGGCCCGCACAGCGAUCAGAAACAGCUUUUUGAUGGUACUUGUGGUCCUCGGAUCCUCGACAUAGGUCAUGGAUCUCGUGCUCAGUAUGGCAUUGGAGCGGGCGGUGCCAGAUGGAUUUGUGGCACGUUUCCUCCACACCUUGUGGUUGAAGACCUGAUUGCUCGUGCCACGGUUAUGGAGGCCGCCUUGACCUAUGCAGACGCUCCUAUAGGGUUGGCUUCCACCAUCGCAGCUCUUUCACGCCCUCUGAUAGGACAUACGAAGCAUUUCAUGCUGUUUGAACGAGGCGCGUCUCAGUUUGUUCGCGAUGGUCUUGCAAUGGCAUCGAAGAAGGAUGCCCCUACUCUGCUAGGAUACGUUGACCUCUUUCAACUGGUCCAACAGGUCAGAAAGCUCUAUCGGAGAAACGCAAUAUUGUGUCUUACGGUAUACGUCCGCGUCGGAGAGGACUCGGCUCAUCACCUGCUUUCUUCUAUCCUAGAAGAGAUUGCUGCCAUCACAGGUCCGGAGUCGGUUAUGAGCAUCCUCCUCCAUUGCACUUGGAUCCAAGACAACUUAUCGUUUCCCCUUCCUGUGAGAAUAUCCACGUCUUGGUUUGCGGCUCUUUCAAUCGCAUCUUUGGCCUACCAAGCAGGGUUUCUCACCGGACCACAGAGCUUAAUUCGAGAGCUCCGAUACACGAGCAGGGGCUACAUGUUCACUACUUCCCCACCGCCAUUCGUCAUGGAUAUGUUGCGGAGUGCUCUUGAGUGGAAUCUUUGAGUAGGGGCUCUGAAAGAGGCUUGCACAUGCGCACUCUUGCCGCAAGAUAGUAGGUAGGAAAUUGCAUCACUACUAGUAUGCUACUCUUAAUUCUGAAAUCAUCC